GGGGUAUUAUCGAAAGGUGCGCUACUUUUCUAACGUGGUUUACCAAGCAUGUCUGUGGACGUACCGUUCUAACUGGGUGGCGACGCUGCACUUAAACCACUAAAUCCAAAACGUAUUUCUACAAACAUCUCCUUUCCUAACACGUUUUCAAGGCUACAGGUAACUUUAUUGAGGCUUGCAGUGACAGUGAAUGCUGCGUCCCUUCUUGUGUUACGUACGUUUAGUAACAACACCUAAACGGUUCCUAAAACAUAAACGCCCUGGGGAUAAGAUGAUUCCACCACCACACUCCAUAUCAUUAACCGUUGUUGGCAAUGGACGUGCUGGUUCCUCGAAAUCAAUGCUCAUUGACACAGGAGUAUGUCGUUAUUUGGUCAACUGUGGUGAAUCAACGCAAAGAGUCUUGGCAGAAUACCGAAUGAAAACUUCGCGCAUACAACAUGUCUUUCUUACGCGUAUGUCUUGGGAUUGCACUUCUGGAUUACUAGGUGUGGCAUUGACUGCAAAGGCCGCAGGAGUUAAGAAGUUAACUAUACAUGGACCCACAGAACUAGAACAUUUGAUGCAAUUGACUCGUCCGUUCACUGAUUGUAAAACAACCGAUAUCGUCAUGAGUGAAAUUCAUAAGAAGUGUUACACUGAUGAUGCAUUUCGCGUACAAUCUUUCCAAAUAUUCAAGCCAACAAACGUAAAUGAAGAACCAGUCUACAAACGACGAAAAGAAAAUCUGGGUAAUGUAUCAGAAUCUAGUGUUUUUAUAUACUACUUUCAGCCAUUUCGUACACGUCGUAAGUUGAUCAUGUCAAAAUUCAAUGAAGCAUGUAUACCAGCGUAAGUCAGUAGUAGCCUUUUAAAUCUAAUUCUACCACGUCUUCCUAAUCCCAAUUUUUGAGACAGAUUUUUGAAAUAUCGAAUGAGUUGGUGCAAACUUAUUGUUUACUACACAUUAAUAAUAACCCGUACGUCGGUACCCUAAUAGUUAUGGUGUUCUACUCUCAACCAUUAAGUUGCAGGUUUGAGUUUCGCUCCACCUACUAUUAUCUGGACAGGUAGGUAGUAUCACUAUCCUUCGCACUUGUGUCCAAACAUGAGUACAGCAAUCUUUGGUAGACAAAUGACUUACAUCAUUAUUAGGUCACGCAGUUUGUGAUCCCACUCUAACUACUGAGGUUCGAACAGCCGGUUUGCGUCACUG